UUGCUGCUCCGCGUGGCUGGCUGCCACAGGCUGAACCACCAGCUGUGCUAUAUAAGGCCCCGUGGCUAGACUGUUGGAGAGGCAAAGACUUGGACCCCCAGCUAAGGAGGAGUCUUGUUCAAGACACGGUCGCUUAGUCGGAGAAACACCACCAGGAGCCACGCUGUAGAGGUCAGGUGGCUCUGUGAAGCCACUUCACAUCUCCCUCCUGGUUCCCACAGGGCCUGGGAAAAGGAUGGCAGGAAGCAAGAUCUGGGUGUUCUCUUUUCUGGUCCUGGAGUUCACCUCUGUGCUGGGGAGACAGACGAUGCUGGCUCGGUCAGUGAGAAGGGGGGUCCCGCCUGGGAAGAGGACCACCCGUGCCUUUGUGAAGCCUUCUGACCCCCCGGCAAGUCCUGGUGAGUGGACAGCAUGGUUCAACGUUGACCACCCUGGGGGACAGGGUGACUAUGAGCGACUGGACGCCAUUCGCUUCUACUACGGGGAUCGCGUGUGUGCCCGUCCCCUGAGGCUAGAGGCUCGGACCACCGACUGGAUGCCCGCGGGCAGCACUGGCCAGGUGGUACAUGGCAGUCCGCGUGAAGGCUUCUGGUGCCUCAACAGGGAGCAGCGACCGGGCCAGAACUGCUCCAAUUACACAGUGCGCUUCCUGUGCCCUCCAGGAUCGCUGCGCCAAGACACGGAGCAUAUCUGGAGCCCCUGGUCACCCUGGAGCAAGUGCUCAGCUGCCUGUGGUCACACCGGGGUCCAGACCCGCACACGCAACUGCUUGGCGGAGACAGUGUCUCUGUGCAGUGAGGCCACCGAGGAGGGUCAGCUCUGUGUGAGCCAGGCCUGCACAGCCUGUGACCUGACCUGCUCCAUGGGCCAGGUGAAUGCUGACUGUGAUGCCUGCAUGUGCCAAGACUUCAUGCUCCAUGGGGCAGUCUCCCUCCCUGGGGGUGCCCCCGCCUCAGGGGCUUCUGUGUACCUGCUGACCAAGACCAAGACCCCGAAGAUGCUGACUGUCACAGAUAGCAGCGGGAGGUUCCAAGUCCCCGGCCUGUGCCCUGAUGGCAAAAGCACCCUGAAAAUCACCAAGACCAAGUUUGCUCCCAUUGUGCUCACAAUGCCCAAGAGCAGCCUGAAGACAGCUACCAUCAACGCAGAGUUCGUGAGGGCAGAGACUCCGUACAUUGUGAUGAACCCUGAGACAAAAGCACGGCGAGCUGGGCAGACCGUGUCCCUGUGUUGCAAAGCCACAGGGAAGCCCAGUCCAGACAAGUAUUUCUGGUACCACAACAACACGUUGCUGGAACCUUCCGCCUACAAACACGAAAGCAAGCUGGUGUUGAGGAACCUGCAGCAGGCCCAGGCUGGGGAGUACUUCUGUAAGGCCCAGAGUGAUGCUGGGGCCGCCAAGUCCCAAGUUGCCCAGCUGAUCGUCAUCGCUCAUGAUGAGACACCUUGCAAUCCAACCCCUGAGAGCUACCUUAUCCGGCUGCCACACGACUGUUUCCAGAAUGCCACCAACUCCUUCUACUAUGACGUAGGCCGCUGUCCAGUCAAGACCUGCGCAGGGCAGCAGGAUAAUGGGAUCAGGUGCAGGGAUUCUGUGGAGUACUGCUGUGGCAUCUCAAAAACAAAGGAGGAGGAGAUCCAGUGCAGUGGGUACGCGCUGCCGACUAAGGUGGCCGUGGAGUGCGGCUGCCGGCGGUGCGCAGAGACGCGGAGCAUCGUCCGAGGCCGCGUCAGUGCUGCAGACAACGGGGAGCCCAUGCGCUUUGGCCACGUGUACAUGGGGGGCAACCGCGUGAGCAUGACUGGCUACAAGGGCACGUUCACCCUCCACGUCCCUCAGGACACCGAGAGGCUGGUGCUCACAUUCGUGGACAGGCUGCAGAAAUUUGUCAAUACCACCAAAGUGCUGCCCUUCAACAGGAAGGGCAGCGCGGUGUUCCACGAGGUCAAGAUGCUUCGGCGGAAGGAGCCCAUCACCUUGGAGGCCACGGAGACCAACAUUAUCCCCCUGGGAGAGGUGGUUGGCGAAGACCCUGUGGCUGAACUGGAGAUCCCAUCCCAGAGUUUCUAUAAGCAGAACGGGGAGCCCUUCACAGGGAAAGUGAAGGCCAGUGUCACCUUCCUGGAUCCCCGAAAUAUUUCCACAGCCACAGCUGCCCAGAGCGACCUGAACUUCAUCAACGAUGAAGGAGACACCUUCCCGCUUCGAACAUAUGGCAUGUUCUCUGUGGACUUCAGGGACGAAGCCACCUCUGAGUCACUUAAUGUGGGCAAAGUGAAGGUCCACCUGGACUCAACUCAGGUCAAGAUGCCUGAGCACGUGCCCACCAUGAAACUCUGGUCACUCAACCCAGACACGGGACUGUGGGAAGAGGAAGAUGAUUUCAGGUUUGAAAGCCAAAGGAGGAAGAAGAGAGAGGAGCGGACCUUCCUGGUGGGCAACAUGGAGAUCCGUGAGAGGAGGCUCUUUAACCUAGACGUGCCCGAGAGCCGUCGGUGCUUCCUCAAGGUGAGGGCCUACCGCAGCGAGAGGUUCUUGCCCAGCGAGCAAAUCCAGGGGGUCGUGGUCUCUGUGAUCAACCUGGAGCCUCGAACUGGCUUCUCGUCCAACCCCAGGGCCUGGGGCCGAUUUGACAGCGUCAUCACAGGCCCCAAUGGGGCCUGUCUGCCCGCCUUCUGCGAUGACCAGUCUCCCGAUGCCUACUCUGCUUAUGUCUUGGCCAGCCUGGCUGGGGAAGAACUGGAAGCCGUGGAAUCUUCUCCUAAAUUCAAUCCAAAUGCCAUUGGCGUCCCUCAGCCCUACCUCAACAAGCUCAAGUACCGUCGCACGGACCACGAAGACCACCGGGUUAAAAAGACAGCUUUCCAGAUCAGCAUGGCCAAGCCGAGGCCCAACUCAGCCGAGGAGACCAACGGGCCCAUCUACGCCUUUGAGAACCUCCGGGCAUGUGAGGAGGCACCACCCAGUGCAGCCCACUUCCGGUUCUACCAGAUCGAGGGGGAUCACUAUGACUACAACACAGUUCCCUUCAAUGAAGACGACCCCAUGAGCUGGACUGAAGACUACCUGGCAUGGUGGCCCAAGCCAAUGGAGUUCAGGGCCUGCUACAUCAAGGUGAAGAUCGUGGGGCCACUGGAGGUGAAUGUACGAUCCCGGAACAUGGGAGGCACCCACCGCCAGACGGUGGGGAAGCUGUACGGAAUCCGGGAUGUGAAGAGUACUCGGGACAGGGACCAGCCCAAUGUCUCCUCUGCCUGUCUGGAGUUCAAAUGCAGUGGGAUGCUCUAUGACCAGGACCGCGUGGACCGCACCCUAGUGAAGGUCAUCCCCCAGGGCAGCUGCCACCGAGCCAGCGUGAACUCCAUGUUGCAUGAGUAUCUGGUCAACCACCUACCACUGGCAGUCAACAAUGACACCAGCGAGUAUACCAUGCUGGCCCCGCUGGACCCUCUGGGUCACAACUAUGGCAUCUACACAGUCACCGAUCAGGACCCUCGCACAGCCAAGGAGAUUGCACUGGGCCGGUGCUUCGAUGGUACCUCCGAUGGCGCCUCCAGGAUCAUGAAGAGCAAUGUGGGAGUCGCUCUCACCUUUAACUGUGUGGAGAGGCAGGUGGGCCGCCAGAGUGCCUUCCAGUACCUGCAGAGCGCCCCAGUCCGACGCCCCGCUGCAGGCACAGGCCAAGCAAGAGUGCCAUUCAGGAGGCAACAGCGGGCAAGCCGGGGUGGCCAGCGCAGGCGGGAAGGGGUGGUCCCCUUGAGAUUGCCGGCCGUGGCUCAGCAACCUCUGAGCAAUUAAGUCUUCUGUGGUUCUUACUCUCUCACCCCCUCCACCACCUCAUGUGACAGCCAUUGCGAGACUGGUGCACGUGCCGUCACUUGUUAAUUUAAAUACAUCUGUUUUGGUGUAAUAUGCUUGUCUGUGUCUCAUGCCUUUGCUUACUGUCUUUGUCUCAUGAUACUGACUAGCACACAGCCCCCAAGACGACAAAAAUAAAAAGCC